AUGUCAGGCAACAGCAACUCUGAUAUUUGGCUUGCGGGAGCAUUUGCUGCAUUCACGGUCGAUCUCGUCGUCUAUCCCCUGGAUACAAUAAAAACCCGGAUACAAAGUCCCGAAUAUACCAAGCUCUACCGCAAUGGCGCCAACACUGCCUUCAACCCGGCCAUGUUCCGUGGAUUGUAUCAAGGCGUCGGCAGCGUCAUUAUCGCCACACUGCCAGCAUCCGGGGCCUUCUUCUCCACGUAUGAGGGUGUGAAAGCCACGCUGCACCGGCACAAUGUCACUCUGGCCAGCGGGAACGCUAUGGUGCCUACGCCUGUGAUCCACGCGUUCGCCUCUGGCACUGCUGAACUGGUCUCAUGUGCAAUCCUCACUCCUGCUGAGGUGAUUAAACAAAACGCCCAAAUGGUCCMAUCAGGGGCUCGUGUCAAUGCUACAAUGCAAACCUUGCAGCGUUUCCGGUCAAAUCCACUCGCGUUGUGGCGUGGGUAUGCAGCACUGGCAGGCCGCAAUCUGCCUUUCACGGCCAUGCAAUUUCCCAUGUUUGAGCGUAUCAAAGAGGGCAUCAAAGAAUAUCGAGACGAGCGAGGUAUGCGCACAAACUCUCUGUUCGAAAGUGCCUUAAUCACUGCCUUCAGCGCAGGAGCAGGAGGCAGUGUAGCCGCUGUCAUAACCACACCUAUCGAUGUGGUCAAAACUCGGAUCAUGCUGUCCGCUGCCGACGGCAGCAAUAGCGAGUCUAAACCCAAUGCUGGAGGAGGUGUGACGGCUACCAAAAAGUCGUUAGUAGAUGCAACAGGCAAGACUGUGGCUGCUGCUAAGGAGAGCUUGGUCGAGACCGUGAAAAGUAUCGCUUCACCGAAGCAGCAGACCAGCAUGCAGAUUGCUCGCGAGAUCGUCCAGGAGCAAGGCAUCAAAGGACUCUUCCGUGGAGGCGCGCUGAGAGGUGUUUGGACCAUGAUCGGCAGCGGCUUAUACUUGGGAGUAUAUGAAUCGGGGCGCAUUUAUCUCGCGCAGCGUCGUGGUAAUGAGAUCGAUCCAGAAGAUAUUUGA